UAUCGCAUAUAAAACCUCCAUACAUCUCUCUGUCAAAACAACUACAAAGACUCAUCGCCACCAUCCACCACCAAAAAGCUUCAAAACACCAUGGAAUCCACCUCCCAACCUCCACCACUCCACCACCUCUUCUAAAAUCACCCUCUCCUACGUGCAUUGCAGCCCUUGGAUGGCAGCACUGGACCCCACAUCACGGUUCAACAAAUCCCAACUCAUUCUCAACAGAUACUUCGUCUUCCUCCUCUCCUUCUUCCUCACAACCCAAAUCCAACCGUCUGUUCCCCUCUCCCUUCACCAAUCUACAACACCCACAUAUCCAAAAGCUAUCCAAGGCUCAAUAACCGAAAUCCAACCGUCCAAUUUCCACUUCCUCCAUCAAUCUACAAUACCCCCAUCUCCAAAACCCCUCCAAACCUCAAUAACCCAAAUCCAACCUUCCAAUUCCCCCUCCCUCCAUAAACCUACAACACCCACAUCUCCAAAACCCCUCCAAGCCUCAAUUACCCAAAUCCAACCGUCCAAUUCCCCCUCCCCCAAUCAAGCUACAACACCCAAAUCUCUAAAACCUCUCCAAGGCUCAAUUACCCAAAUCCAACCGUCCAAUUCCCACUCCCUCCAUCAAUUUUCAACACCCACAUCUCCAAAAGCCCUCCAUGACUCAACCAAUGGCUGCACAGGCCUACAAAGGUACGAAGAUGCCGAAUCCAGGUGCGCGUUCGUGCGAUCCGAGAAGGAAUGCAAGGCAGAGGGAUACAUAGACUACCUUCAGAUCUUCUAUUGCACCUUCGGCCAUCACACGGUCCUCGGCUACGCCGUACUGAUCGUGUGGCUGGUGUUGCUCUUCUACCUGCUUGGGAAUACAGCUGCUUGCUAUUUCUGCUCUUCUCUUGAGACCCUGUCUCAACUCUUGAAGCUCUCUCCUACGAUAGCUGGAGUCACUCUCCUCGCACUCGGCAACGGCGCGCCGGAUGUCUUCUCCAGCAUCGUCUCCUUUGUCGGGUCCGGGUCAAGGUCCGGGUCCACCGGCGACGUGGGCCUCAACAGCAUCCUUGGUGGGGCCUUCUUCGUAUCCAGUGUCGUGAUGGGGAUCAUAAGCAUCUUGGUGGGCCCGCGUGGGAUCGCCGUUGAGAAGUGUAGUUUCAUAAGAGACAUUUGUUUCUACAUCAUCGUGCUCGCUUCCCUCCUCGCGAUCCUGAUCGUUGGUCAUAUCAGCAUCUGGGCCGCAGCUGCCUUCACCUCUCUUUACAUCAUCUACGUGCUCGCCGUCUCCGCCACACAUUUCUUUCGGAAGAAAGGUAGACUGGAAGGCCUCAUCAACGCCGUCCGUCCUCUCCUCCCGAUCAGCAAAUCCGCCCCAUCUGAUGAAUUGGGCAGCCCGCUUUUAGGCGACCCAUAUUUAGAAAAGCCGAAUCCGACGGUGGACGACGAAGAUCAUGAGAGUGGUAGUGACGAUGAUCAGAGGCCUGCAACAAGGUGUUUGUUAUAUUACUUUCGUUGGUUUCUCAGGCUUGUGGAACUACCUCUCUAUCUUCCAAGGAGACUGACUAUUCCUGUGGUGUGUGAAGAGAAAUGGUCUAAGCCAUUUGCAGUUAUUUCAGUUACACUAGCUCCAGUCCUGAUGGCAGCUCUCUGGAAUUCCCAAAAUGGGGACAUGGGCCUCAAAUCAGACCUUGUGAUUUAUCUGAUUGGUGGAUUGAUGGGCCUGAUUCUUGGGAUCCUUGCAUUUUUUACCACUGAUUGGUGUGGCCCACCUAAAAGGUUCCUAUUAAUUUGGGUUGCUGGUGGAUUUUUGAUGAGUGUGAUCUGGACUUACAUCAUAGCUGAUGAAUUAGUGGCCCUGAUGGUUUCAAUUGGGAAGAUAGCUGGGAUUAGCCCAUCAAUCCUAGGGCUGACAGUGCUUGCUUGGGGCAAUUCACUUGGGGACCUGAUUGCUAAUGUAGCAAUGUCUGUGAAGGGUGGGCCAGACGGCGUCCAGAUCGCGAUCGCCGGAUGUUACGCGGGGCCCAUUUUCAAUACACUGGUGGGCCUAGGCCUGUCCCUUGUUUUCUCAUCUUGGAGGGUCCAUUCAUCUACUUAUGUGGUCCCUAAGGACCCAUCUCUCUACCAGACAUUAGGGUUUUUGGUGGGUGGGUUGAUGUGGGCCCUUGUAAUUUUGCCCAGGAAAGGCAUGAAGCUGGAUAGGGUUUUGGGGGGAGGGCUCCUGGCCAUCUAUUUAUGUUUUCUGUCAUUGAGGAUGGCCCAUGCACUUGGGUGGGUACAGCUAUUUUAGCCCUAUAACUACCUAAUUAGGUGGUGGUUUGUUAAUUCUGCACGUGUGGGUCACACACGUGUCAAUACGCAGAGCUUUCCAUCUUGUUGGAAAUGGCUCUUUUACAUCGACUGCCUCGAAAAUCUGGGACUAUUACUCCUCAGGUGGGCCACAAUAAUUUUCAAAGUAAACCAACGGUUAGAAAACAAUCUUUUCUUUUUGUGUGUUUGUGGUUUGCCCAUGCGUGAGAUUGGCCCAGGCCAUAAAUAUGUAAAUAGUGUAGCCCACCUGAUGGAAAGAUUUGAUCACACACACGUGAUUCAUAUUGACACGUGUGCUUACAUAUGGAUGGCCAGGAUUUCCUCAAUUAGGUAAGAAUUUUUGGUGUUCGUCGUUUGUAUUAACUUGUAAUUAAUUGUACUUCUAGUAUUUGUACAUAUCAAAAUCAGCUUCAGUGGUUGCAAUUGU